ACUGCUUCUUUGAUUUCUAUUUCCCAGAAAGGUAAGGUCGAAAAGGACGAUGAGCGCUGGCAGUGCCAUCGUCCAGGUUGACUUGUAACCAACAUGUCUGAACCAGGAGAACAACAAGCACUGCUUUCCUAUUCGUAUGACGAUGAUGCUGAAGAAAUGUCUCCGGAAAGGCCGCAAAGCUCCUUGUCUUUGUUUCGCGAGAAAACAGCCAGCUUUCUCGAGUCCACACCUUUGCACACCUUUGUUAUAUCGCUGAUCACAAUUGAUGCUGUUUGUGUUCUUGCCGACUUGGGCUACAGUUUUCUCUCUGAGAGCUGCACGCCCCCAGAAGGCCCGGAUGCACCUGCCUGGUUGGAAGUUCUAGCAACCAUCUCACUCGUGAUCACCACCUUCUUUUUGGUCGAAAUUCCUAUUUCACUCUGGGCCCAUGGACUACGAUUCUUCGUCCCUUUCGCAGGCUACCCUCAUGCUGCAUUCCAUCUGUUCGAUGCAUUCAUCAUCGUCACCACAUUUAUCCUUGAGUUUGUUCUCAAAGGACGCGAAAAGGAGCUUGCGGGCCUCCUGAUUAUCCUUCGUUUAUGGCGACUCGUCAAACUGGUUGGAGGUAUUGCCGUAGGUGCAGGUGAGGUCGAGGAGGAGGUAGCAAAGGAAUUAGUGGAGAUCAGGCGACAACUCGAGGGCACCACGACUGCCCUGGCAAAAGCACGUGAAGAAAACAGGAAGCUCAGGUCUAGGGUAGUUUGGCUGGAAACUGGCGGAUCCGAGGGAUCCGAACAGUAACUGCACUUCCCUGUCUGACGGAUAUCUGCUAUCAUUUCCCCGUCCAGUCCUCACUUGAUACCUAUUGAAACAUUUCAAUGAUAUGUAUUGUUUUUGGUUCUUGUUUAUUUCCAGAAAUAUCAGCUACAACUAAUCCUAAGGAUACAUAUUUUAUAGAACAAAUUUGCAAAAGAAAUCGAAGAUGCUC